AUGGCACGCAAAAGGACCGGUGGUGUGCAGAAACGAGUUUUGAAAAAGGCUGCGAACAAAAACGCCAGUUUCGUGCUGGAAAGUAUUGCGGAGUUAAAGGAUACUAUCCCUCAACAAUCACCAGCUAAAAAAAGGAUUCAAGAAAAUGUGGAGAAAUCGUUUGAUAUUCAACCAGGACUGUCUGAUAUACCCAUGUUCGCCAUCACAACCCCGGACAUACAGCAGAAAACAUCGCUCAUCGAAGAAAUUAUGCAUGAAUGGGACUCUGAUGAAUUAGAUUUAAACACAAACGGAUCUGUGGUUAAAAACGGCCUCUCGAGUCAUAGCAUUGAUCUUUCUGAGCAGGAAAAUGUGCAGCCUGGUUCGCGUUCAGAGGACGUCAUUGUCAGUCUUCUACCUGCUAAAGAAGUUGAAAAGUACAAGCUGUUGUCAGAGAACUUAAAGAAGGAGAUCGACAUGUUGAAGGAAAAGAACGCUAAAUUAGAAGCCCAGAAUGAGAAAUUUUUGGAAUGCUUGACGUCGAAAAUUUUACCUGUUCCAGAAAAACCUUUUGCGGAGGAAGAAGGGUUUCUUGACUGCGAAACUCUGACAAAACUGUCCUUUGAAGCGGGUGAUAGCGAUUAUACAUUUGUAAAGUUUCUCAUGAUGAAACUGUGGCCUGAAGGAUUUAUCGGGCGUUCAGUGACAGGUCGCCCAUCCAAUAAUCCCUCUGGUCGCUCAAAGAACGUCAAUAGUAUCCGAACUGGAAGUGGAUCAUUGAAGGAAGCAACCGAUGGUGUAACUGAGAGACGCAGUGAGCGUGAGGCGUUGGAAAAAGUGAAAGUGGAUUUCAUAAUAAAUCGUCUCUAUGAACGACGCAUUUUUUUGCGCGAUGAUGUAUCAACUGCAAAAUCUGUCUCCAACAGCGGAAAACGUACAAUGACUCGAGUUAUCGCAAAUGCUUCUAGAAAAUAUUUUUUUUUUAGAUUCUCAGUAAAGCUAGUUUAA